UUCGCAACCUAGCUUUAAUUGAGCCGUGACAAGCUACAGAGUAGGACACAUUUUUCGGUUACUAGUUGUUAUUGCUUCAAGUGAAGAUGCGGAUUGACAACAAGUUGUUGAUGAUUUCUUUGAUAUUUUGUAGUUUCCUAGGUCUAUUAACAUGUGCAAGUAUCGCAGGACAGGAGAACCUAAAUCCACAAUCAACAUUGGUAUCAAAUCCGGAGUCCAAAAUUACUCGACAAAGGAGACAAUUCAAUUCGGGCGUGUCCGGGUCGAAUGCUAAUUCCAAUGCCUUUUCUCAAAAUAUUGGAGGUUCUGAAUUCUCCAGUGCUAAUGCCAAUGCCAACGCGUUCAACGAAGGCUUUGGACAAAAUGGUUUUGGUGGCAGCACCGCAAACGCUAAUGCACAAUCAUUCGAAAGUGGGGGUCCACUUGGAUCAUUCGGAGCAUCCUCGGCUAAUUCUGCUUCAGAAGGUUUCAAUAUUGGGCCGAACGGAUUUUCUGGUUCAGCAUCAUUCGCUGAGAGCCAAACGUAUGAACUACCUGGAAAUAGGGAGAUUUCGGUAUCUUUUUCGGAAGGAUUUGGAGUAGGACCUGACGGACGCCCAACAUUUUCCGAAGCAGAGGCGAUUAGUGAGAGCUAGGGUCUUUUGGUUACUCAGACGCACCUUGAAGCUGACUGGAUACUGUGUAUAUUAUUGUCUAUAUUUUAUGAUAUCACAAGAUUUCUUUAGUAGUAAUUUUCUAAUCUGUUGAGAGAAAUAUACAUUGCAAAGCUUUGAUUCUUUUUUAAAGAAAUAGUCACGUCAGAUUUUUUGAAAAGCCCCUCACAGUCCGGUAGCCAAUAUUGUAAAUAGUAACUUUCCCGAGAAAUCUAUAACCAUAUACGUAUAAAAAUAAA